AUGGAGCAAAAGGAAGUCACUGCGUUGGAUAAAGCAGCCCACCUUGUAUCCAAAUUCGAACACUCCUUUCUACAUAUCCGUCCCACAUUUCACCCCGCCGGUAUACAAGGAGAGAUUGCGGGCAAGAGCUCAAACGUUGCAUUUGCUGCCAAUCGAAUUGUGGAGAUUCAUCAUGCCGACUUGAAUGGAGAUUCUUGCAAUAUCAUGGUCACGGUUAUGGAUGCGGACACCCAUCUCUCUCGCGAUUAUUUCACAGAGAUCCGCCGAUUACACUACACCCACAUAGAUGAAGCAGAUCGCGCACUAUACUGCUGCCCUAUAAUAUUCGAUCGCAAUUCCCAUGAAACUCCACUCCUGGUCCGAUGCGCAGACCUACUCUGGGGCUUCGCGGGUAUAUCUACCAUGUACCCGGGAACAAUGAUCUCCAUUCCAACCUCAGUCUAUUCCCUCCCACUUUCCCUCGCCCAGAAAGUAGGUGGAUGGGACAGUGACCCCACAGCAAUUGGCGAAGACAUGCACAUGCUCCUGAAGUGCUACUUCGAGACAGCCGGAAACGUAAUCUCCCGUGUGGUCUACAUCCCAGCGAGCCAAUGCAACGUCUCAUGCGACGGAGAACGAGGCUGGCGACGGGUUCUAGGUACUUGCAUAGCCCGAUACCGUCAGGCACUACGACACAUGUGGGGAGCUCUAGACUCCGGUUUUGCAGCACGUCGCACACUAAGCUAUCUACGUUUUAACAAGCGAUGCUCAUUCUUCAGUCCCAGACAUUUCGCCCUUAUGCAUCUUCUCUGGGAAGCGCAUUUCUUACCAUGCCAUAUGGUGAUUAUCAUGAUUUUCUCGGUACUAUAUACAAUCUUCCAUCCUGCACUGCAGUUACACCCAAUUCUCGCAAAGGCAUUUUUCUGGAGUGAUGUUCUCCGAACGUCAUCAUUUAUCGGAAUGAAUGUUUGUUUAUCUUUGUAUGAGCGAUGGCAUUCUAUUUGUGUCAAUUCGCGAAUGCAGGAUAUGCACGAGGCCAAUUUAUUGGAUACUGGGUUUUCGCCUCGGGUUUGGUACAAAGUCCAGCAUCUUGCUGAGCGGAUCUGUUUCCCAAUCGCUGGAACACUAUACGGUGCCAUUCCGGCAUUGCAUGCUGUCUUUCUUCAUUUCUGGACAGACCGAUUGGUGUAUCGGGUUAGCCAGAAGCCGACCUUUAAUCUGGAGGCUGUGAGCUUGGCAUGA